UCGUCUCUUUCUCUCUCUCUCACAAAAAAUCCUGUUUUGUUCUAUCUCACGGCACAGCUUCAAACGACGAAACGAAAAUUAGGAAAAAGAAAAAAAUAAAAAAACAUCACACUCGCAAAAACCCUUUUCCCUCUCUCAGAAAUCUCUCUUCCGCUAUUGCCAAUCCCGCCUUCGGUUAUCCCUUAUUUACGAUCCUGCCCUUCCUCUCUGCAACUGUCUCUUCCCGAAAUGCCCUUCCGUGGUCGACUUGUUACCCUUAUCUCCAUUGCUCGACCAACAGGAAUCAACUUGUAAUCUAAUUGUACACUGUGAAGGCCUUUCUUCGAAUUUCUGUAAGAGGCCUGUAUAUUAUAGUUGUUGCUCGCAUCAACUGUUUUUCCCACUUCUAGGUGCUUCUCCAACUGCUAUAGAGGUUCCAGGAAAUCAAAGUGGUUUCAUUGUCACAUUUAGAUCAAGUUUGGAACAUUUGACAUCACAAGCAACUCUUAGUUUAUUUUAACAUAUAGAUGGAGCUCAAGGUUUCAUCACUUAAACCAGGAGGUCUUUCUCCUUCUGAUUGUGCUAGUGAUCCCGAAGAGAAGGAAGUCAGUGAUGAAGAUGAUGAUGAUCGCAACCAUAAGCACCGUAGAAGAGAGACACGUUCUCAAUCUUUAGAGAGAGACUCUUUGGAACCAAUGUUUACAAGACCAUACAGGAAGCGCAACAAACCAUUUGAAAAUGGGCAUCCUUUUAGGGAAAAUGAAUCUCAAGGUAGCGAAACAUGGAAAAACAAUAACACUGCUCCUCUGGAGAAAGAGUUCACUGCAAAGUUUGAAAAAAGACGCUCUGGCAUGGCAUCAUUACCCCGAGUGGCUAUGGAUUUGAAUCAAAGAAUCAGGCCAAACCAAACAUUCUCUGGAGAGCAUGGUCCUGGCAGGGGAAGAGGAAGGGACUCUGGUUCUUGGAAUCAACGUGAUUCCAGAUUUAGCUCAGUUGAUAUUGCUUCCCAAAUGGUUCAGCCAGGAUCUAUUACUUCAAGUAUCUUUGGAGGAAGGGGGUUGGCAAAUGUUUCAAAUUCACAAAAUGCAUCCUGGAAUGCAUUUGGAUUGAUUCCUGGAAUAGCUAAUUGUGGCCUUGAUGCACUCCAUCCCAUUGGUUUGCAAGGAACACUCAGACCAGCGGUAAAUUCUUCAUUGAAUAUGGGCAUUCCACGCCAGCGUUGCAGAGACUUUGAGGAGCGUGGAUUCUGUCUAAGAGGUGACAUGUGUCCAAUGGAGCAUGGUGUCAAUCGUAUUGUUGUUGAAGAUGUUCAGAGCCUUUCACAGUUCAAUCUCCCUGUUUCACUUCCAAGUGCACCACUGGUACCUGCUGCAGCGGGGACUCUACCAUCAGUUGGUGCUCCUUCAACCACAUUGAUGAAUAGCAAAGGACUGCAUAACAGAAGUAGCAAGCCUGGAAUGGUUGAUGAUGGUAUGGGCUUGAAUGGUGCAUAUUCUGGUUCUGCUGGUGUGGGUGGAGCAGACCUGUAUGAUCCAGAUCAGCCACUGUGGAAUAACAAUGGUCCUGAAACCUCAAAUGCACUCCUAGGACUACAUUCAUCCAAAAUUGAUGAAAGUGAAGCCUUCAUGAGUGUUGAUACUUCUGACCGUCGUCAUGUCAGAUUGCGUGAUGGUGCUGAUAAUGAAGGUGCAAUAAGAAGCACUGGUAUACCUGUUGGUUCACAGGGUACAGGUACAUCUGUUUGGGGUAGAGUUGGUAGUGUGAAGAAUAGAUUGGACAUGAAAGAGAAAACUGAUUUGACUGUGAGCAACUCAGAUUAUGUGGAGAAUGAAACUAAUGAAGAUCAGGAUAAAUUAGGCAAUGUUCAGGGUACUUCUCGACAAGGAAAGAGGAUGAUUGCUGAGGAAGCUGGCCCUAAAAUUACGGAUCCAUCAGGCAAGACACAGAGUGAUGCCAUGCGUAAUACAAGGAAAUCAUCUCAAAAGGCACAGCGUACGCUAUUUGUCAGUGGCAUCCCACAGAAAAGCAACAGGAGGGAUGCUCUUCUUUCUCAUUUUCAAAAGUUUGGGGAGGUUAUUGAUAUUUAUAUUCCAUUAAAUAGUGAAAGAGCUUUUAUUCAGUUUUCAAAAAGGGAAGAGGCAGAAGCUGCUCUAAGGGCACCUGAUGCUGUAAUGGGCAACCGCUUUAUCAAGCUAUGGUGGGCUAAUCGUGACAGCAUAGCUGAUGAUAGCAUAAAUAACAACACUAGUGCAUCUAUAACUCCCCGUGGUGGGCCAGUUUCUUCAGUUGCACCCCAACCUUCUCUUGGUAAUAGAGGAAAAGAUAAUCUUCAGUCUGCCGCUUCUAAGGGUAUUAUGGUCCCUCCCUCUGAUGUAUCUUUGCCUCCCACAAAUGCUCCCAAGGUUCCACCACCUUUGCAGAAGAAGCUAGAGUUGGAACGAUUGCAAGAGGAACUCCGCAAGAAGCGAGCGCUGCUGGACCAGAAGCGGGAUGAUUUCCGGCGCGAGUUGGACAAACUUGAGAAGGCUACAGGAGUCAAGGGUGAGUUGGUGGCUGAGCCGGCUGCUAAGAAACAUAGAGUAGGAAUAGCGGCUGAUGUUGCAAAAGCUACUACAAGGUCUUUUGAUCCUGUGGCUGUGCCAUUUCCACGUGCUGAGAUGAUAGUAGAUAAGAAUAAAUCUGUGGAAAAUGCCUUAUCCAGUCCCAAAACAAAUAUGUCAUUGGCGCAGCAGGAAUCUGCAGGCUCAAAGCAGCCUAUUCGCCCAGUGGCACCUACAGGGCCUUCCUUCAUAAUGAAUAGAUACAAGUUGGAUAAUCGACCCACGGCAUUUAGGAUUAUCCCUCCCUUACCAACUGGUUUGGCAAAUGUUGAUACAUUGAAGGAGUACUUCUCAUCGUUCGGUGAUCUUUCUACUGUUGAACUAGAAGAUGUUGAAGCAUCUAAUGGUGAUGGUGAUGCGUCAGAGAUACCAAAAUAUUGCUCUGUCCGCUUGACUUUUACAACUCGGCGUUCGGCUGAAAGGGCAUUUUUAAAUGGUAAAUGUUGGCAAGGCAACAAUUUGCAGUUUAUGUGGGUGGCAUCUAGUGCCUCUGGCAGUGACCUUUCUGGCAGAGAAAAUGUUCAAUCCACCUCUAAGUCACCUGUAGAUACUGAUAUUCAGCCUGCUGGAAAAUUAGCGCUCAUGGAUUCCCUUGAAGCUUCGGUAUCUGGAAAUUGUGAACCUGAAUCUUCAGAAAGAGAUGGUAGUGCUGAGGAUGCAAAGUUGCAUGAAGUUUCCGAGCCCCAUCCAAUUUUGAUGCCUGGUAAGGACUCAACUAAAUGCGAGGAAGAGUCGCCAAAACGAGAGCUUAGUCCAACCACAACAUCUGGGGAGGAUGAGUCGCAUAAAGGAGAUUCCUGUUAAGGGACUGAUUGUGGGAUUUUGUACAGUGAGGUAAAAUGUUUAAAUCUAUUCAACCCUAAUUACCAGAAGUCCUCCAUUAGAAAUUUCUGAAAUUUGAUUUUGCAAUAGUGUUUUUUUUCUUUAUGUAUGGGAUGUGUAAAAAAAAAAAUGAGAAUUUUGUGAUUUUGGACUACAGCCUCAGGUAAUGGUUGGUUAGUCAAAUGGCAAAACAUGUUAUCUUUCAGCUUAGAUGCUUAGGACUAAAGGAUUAAAGUUGAAAAUUCUGUUGAAAAGCAAUUGAAUUUAUACACUUCUAUCAAUUGAUCCACUAAA